AUGAUCUUCUCUCACUCCAACGAACAACAACAAUACCACGGAACUCCCCUGAGCCAAUCUCGGUUGGCUCAGGACGCAAGCCGUCCAUCUCCGGAUCCAGAUCAGUUUCCGCACUCACCACAUUCACCAUACUCGACCCUCAAUAGGAGCAGGUCGAGUUCACCGUCAUUCAGUCAGAACCUCGAAAAAGCGUCAUGGAAGGACAGUGAUCAAACACUCGAAACCUCCGCGAGUCCCGGUGAAGGAGGCGCAGAGGUAGCCGAAAAGCAACCGGUGCCCAUGGCUGUCGACGAAACCAAAGAGCUUCACGAAAUCUCCGAACUUGACCGUCCUGGUAUCGGGUCACGCCAAGCAACAUCUGCAGCACCAUCGAUCGCAGCAGCGCCAUUCGCAUCUUCGUACUGUUGCGAUCUCGAACGAUCGCAUAGUCACGAUGCUUCGGGAAAACCGCGGCCUCGGUCAUCUUCUUCACUGUCGUCCAGCUCCAGAUCCGCGACCCUACACGAGGUGCCCAGUGGUUUAGCCACCGCCAGUCGGGUUUCCACCGAUGCGUAUGGUAAUACUUAUCCUGAAGGUGGCAAGGAGGCAUGGUUGUGUGUGUUUGGCUCUUUCUGCGGCCUGAUGGCUGCGCUGGGGAUGAUGAACACGCUGGGAACAUAUCAAGCAUACCUUUCCACACAUCAGCUCCGAAGCUUGAGCGAGAGCACCAUUGGCUGGAUUUUCGGUAUCUAUGCCUUCCUCUCCUUUGUCUUGGGAAUACAGAUUGGGCCAGUAUUUGAUGCCAAAGGGCCGCGUUGGUUGGUACUUGCUGGAUCCGUUUUCAUGGUCGCCUCGCACCUCUUGAUGGGGGUGUGUACUGAGUACUGGCAUUUCCUGCUUGUGAUUGGCGUCGUCGGUGGGCUGGGGACCUCGUUGGUUUUCACGCCCGCCAUUGCCGCGAUUGGCCACUUCUUCCUGAGAAAAAGAGGUCAGACGACGGGACUUGCUGCGGCUGGCGGGUCUAUGGGUGGGAUCUUGUUCCCACUGACACUGCAAGCUCUGUUUCCCAAGAUUGGCUGGGCGUGGUCAACUCGGGUCUGCGCGUUGAUCAAUCUGGUCCUACUCAUCUUUGCGAACCUGUUCAUCAAGUCACGCCUGCCGCCACGGAAGGCUACCAAGGAAAACAUUCUCCCUGAUUUCCGCAUUUUUAGAGAUCCAGUCUUUGCGUUGACCACAGCAGGGGUCUUCUUUGUCGAAUGGGGAUUGUUCGUCCCACUUACCUAUCUUAGCAGCUAUGCCCUGAGCCACGGCGUCUCGACCUCAUUCUCAUACCAGAUCAUUGCAAUUUUGAAUGUGGGCUCAUGCUUUGGUCGAUACUUUCCCGGGUUUGUGGCCGAUAAAGUCGGCCGGUUCAACGCCAUGGUUGUGACCAUCUUUCUGUGCUUGGUAUCAACAUUGGCGUUCUGGCUCCCGGCCAACGGAUCUAUUGCGCUGAUCAUCGUCUAUGCUCUCAUCUUUGGAUUCGCCUCUGGAUCGGGAAUCUCGCUGACUCCCGUCUGUGUCGGCCAGCUGUGCAGAGUCGAAAACUAUGGACGGUAUUACGCCACCUGUUAUACUCUCGUGUCCUUUGGAUCCUUGACCGGCAUUCCGAUUGCAGGACGAUUGGUGACGGCGUGCAACGGAGAAUAUUGGGGGUUGAUUACGUUUACAAGUUGUGCUUAUGCGGCGUCGUUGACCAUGUUGACGGCAGCAAGAGUGGUUGGCGCUGGAUGGAGUUUGAAGGUUGUAUAUUGA